CACACAUGGCAGCUCACAAUGAUCUGCAAUUACAGUUCUAGGAGAUGGGGUGCCCUCCUCUGGCUGCUGAAGGCACCAGUGGUCUGGAGGUGGCUCUGGAAUUGACCUUGGAAGCGUCUGCAAGCAAGGGUUGGAGAGCAGGAGUGGAUCGCCUUUCCAUGGGGGACCACCUUGAAAAGGGCCAACAUGCUUUGCUCAAUGAAGGAGACGAGAACGAGAUGGAAAUCUUUGGCUAUAGGACUCAAGGUUGUCGGAAAACGCUCUGUAUCAUUGGAUCCAUCUUCUCUCUCGGAAUCCUCCCGUUGGUGUUUUACUGGAGACCAGCUUGGCAUGUAUGGGCAAACUGUGUCCCUUGUUCCCUGCAAGAAGCAGAUGUUGUGCUGCUGAAGACAACUGAUGAAUUCAAAGUUUAUUCUUGGAAAAAGGUAAUGUGGAUCUCCUUGCCAGCAUUGAGCAGAACGUCUGGUCUCACUCCUGACCACCCUGUCAUUACAGAUGAGGAAUAUAUAAUAAACAGAGCCAUAAGAAAGCCAGAUCUAAAGGUGAGAUACAUAAAAGUGCAGAAAAUAAGAUAUGUCUGGAAUAAUUUAGAAGGGCAGUUUCAAAAAAUUGGCUCCCUGGAAGACUGGCUCAGUUCUGCACAGAUACAUCAAAAAUUUGGAUUAGGGCUAACAUCAGAAGAACAGGAGAUAAGGAGGUUAAUAUGUGGGCCUAAUGCUAUUGAUGUUGAAAUCACACCUAUUUGGAAACUGCUCAUCAAGGAGGUUCUAAAUCCGUUUUACAUCUUUCAACUCUUCAGUGUCUGUUUGUGGUUCAGUGAAGAUUACAAGGAAUAUGCUCUUGCCAUCAUCCUCAUGUCUGUCAUUUCCAUAGCUUUGACCGUGUAUGAUCUCAGACAGCAGUCUGUAAAAUUGCACCAUCUUGUUGAAUCACACAACAGCAUAACAGUCUCUGUAUGUGAGAGAAAAGCUGGAGCCCAAGACUUGGAAUCCCGCCUCCUGGUGCCCGGAGAUUUAUUAAUUUUGACAGGGAGCAGAGUGCAAAUGCCAUGUGAUGCUAUUCUGAUUGAUGGCAGCUGUGUGGUAGAUGAAGGCAUGCUGACAGGAGAAAGCAUCCCUGUUACUAAAACCCCAUUAUCCCAGAUGGCCAGCUCUGCACCCUGGAAGAUGCAAACAGAAGCAGAUCCCAGGAAGCAUGUUCUCUUCUGUGGAACUGAGGUCAUCCAGGCCAGGGCAGCUUGCUCUGGGACUGUAAGAGCAGUGGUCAUGCAGACCGGGUUCAACACUGCAAAGGGGGACCUCGUGAGGUCCAUCCUUUACCCCAAGCCUAUGAAUUUCAAGCUCUACAGGGAUGCCAUCCGGUUCCUCCUGUGCCUUAUAGGGACAGCCACCAUUGGCAUGAUUUAUACUCUGUGUGUCUAUGUGCUCAGUGGGGAACCUCCUGAGGAGGUAGUGAGGAAGGCAUUGGAUGUUAUCACCAUUGCAGUGCCUCCUGCCCUCCCUGCAGCCUUGACCACAGGCAUCAUCUAUGCCCAGAGGAGGUUGAGAAAGAAGGGCAUAUUCUGCAUUAGCCCCCAGAGGAUUAAUGUAUGUGGGCAAUUAAACCUUGUCUGCUUUGACAAGACAGGCACUUUAACAAGGGGCGGCUUGGAUCCUUGGGGAGUUGUGCCCUGUGACCAGAAUGGAUUCCAGGCAGUCCACAUCUUUGCCUCGGGCAAAGCUCUGCCCCAGGGUCUACUGUGUGCAGCCAUGGCUAGUUGCCACUCUCUGAUUCUUCUUGAUGGGACUAUCCAAGGAGACCCUCUGGACCUGAAAAUGUUUGAAGCCACCAAAUGGGAAAUGACUAUUUCUGGGGAUGGUUUCCACAUCAAGGGAAUGCUGGCACACACCACGGUCGUUAAGCCGACAGACACAGUUGGCCAGCAGGUCCCAGCGGAAGGACUUGCAAUCCUGCAUCAGUUCCCAUUCUCAUCAGCACUGCAGAGGAUGACAGUCAUUGUCCAAGAGAUGGGAGGUGACCGACUGGCAUUCAUGAAAGGUGCUCCGGAGAGAGUGAUCAGCUUUUGCCAACCUGACACAGUACCAUCAAGUUUUAUUAGUGAACUUCAGAUUUACACAACACAGGGUUUCCGGGUCAUAGCUCUGGCUUACAAGAAGCUGGAAAAUGACUGCCCCGUUACUGCCUUGAUGAGGGAGAAGGUGGAAUCAGACCUCGUAUUUCUAGGAUUACUGAUCUUAGAGAAUCAAUUGAAGGAAGAGACAAAGCCUGUCUUGGAAGAGCUCAUCUCUGCCCGGAUACGGACUGUAAUGAUCACAGGUGACAAUCUUCAGACUGCAAUAGCAGUGGCCAGAAAGUCUGGGAUGGUUUCUGAAGGCCAGAAAGUCAUUCUUGUGGAGGCAAAUGAAACCACUGGUUCUCCAUCAGCGUCUGUCUCUUGGAAACUAGUAGAAGAGAAGAAACAUAUUCCAUUUGGGAAUCCGGACAACUACAUCAACAUCAGAGAAGAAGCCCCAGAUAAUGGCAGAGAAGGAACUUACCAUUUUGCACUAAAUGGAAAAUCCUUUCAUGUUAUAAGUCAACAUUUCAGCAGCUUGUUGCCAAAGAUACUGAUCAAUGGGACCAUCUUUGCAAGGAUGUCUCCAGGGCAAAAAUCAAGUCUAGUGGAAGAAUUUCAGAAAUUGGACUACUUUGUGGGAAUGUGUGGUGAUGGAGCCAAUGACUGUGGAGCUUUGAAAAUGGCUCACGUGGGCAUCUCUCUGUCAGAGCAGGAGGCAUCAGUAGCCUCACCUUUCACGUCCAAAACUCCAAACAUCGAAUGCGUGCCUCAUCUCAUCAAGGAAGGCCGAGCAGCUCUCGUUACGUCCUUUUGCAUGUUUAAGUACAUGGCCCUGUACAGCAUGAUUCAGUAUGUUGGUGUUCUGCUGCUCUACUGGGAGACAAACAGCCUUUCAAAUUACCAGUUUCUAUUCCAAGAUCUGGCCAUCACAACUCUUAUUGGCAUAACAAUGAAUCUGAAUGGUGCCAACCCCAAGCUGGUACCUUUCAGGCCUACAGGGCGGCUGAUCUCUCCACCUCUGCUGCUCUCAGUUAUCCUCAACAUCCUUCUCAGUCUGGCCAUGCACAUCGUGGGCUUCAUCCUCGUGCAGAAGCAGCCUUGGUACUUCAUGGAGUUGCACAGUGCCUGCACAAUGAGAAACGAGAACAUCUCAGUCAUAAACACGACUCCAAUUGUUCCCGAGAAAACCAGAAGCCACAGCGCCUUUGCGAGUUUUGAGAAUACUACUAUAUGGUUUUUGGGAACAAUCAACUGCAUCGCCGUGGCCUUUGUGUUCUCUAAAGGAAAACCAUUUAGGCAGCCCACCUAUACAAACUAUAUAUUUGUCCUUGUGCUGAUUUUACAGAUGGGUGUAUGUCUUUUCAUUCUAUUUGCGGAUAUUCCAGAGUUGCAUAGGCGUUUGGAUCUGCUCUGCACUCCUGUCCUUUGGAGAGUCUACAUUCUCGUCAUGAUCAGCUCCAACUUUGUUGUGUCCCUUGCUGUGGAGGAGACCAUUAUUGAAAACCGAGCUUUGUGGCUAGCAGUCAAGAGAUGUUUUGGCUAUCAAUCAAAAAGCCAGUAUCGGAUAUGGCAGAGGAAUCUGGCAAAUGAUGCAAGCUGGCCCCCACUAAACCAAACCUCCUAUUCUGACAUUCAGGGGGUAUCCUACAGCAACCCUGUGUUUGAGAGCAAUGAGGAAAAACUUUGAAGGAGUGCAAUAUCUAAACAGUUGUCAAAAUGAAGAUAAAAAUGACCUCUUUCAGAGACAUGAAAGCAAUUUGACUCAACACUAUCAGCUGGAGUUGGUUGGGCGAUAAACUACCGAGUCUUGGUGACAAAUUUAAGUCCCAUUUGCUUAAAUGGAGUCUGUGAAGAACAGUGUUCCCAGUCCCUCCUGGCUUCUGAAGCAUUGGUGGCACCUAUUGAGCCAAGAAUGGAGCAAGGGUUGCAAUGGGACAGAAGACUGGCAGGUAUCUGAGGGAAAAAUAUAUCUUACGAUAAUUCUUUCUGAAAAUAAACAAAUCUCCGGAAGGUCAUACAGUGUGUAUUCAUAGAGUGGUAACGGGGCAAGGAUUAGUUUCCAGUUGUCACUUGAUGAAUAAAACUAAUGCAAGAGAA